AUGUGGUCACCGUCACCCGUCACGAUUUUAGGAAGUUUCCUUUUCAUUUAUCUUUACGCAAUCACUAGGAAGAGAGAAUAUGCUCUUUCGACAAUUCCCGAAAUUUUGACCACACGUGGAUACCCAAGUGAAGUACACCAUGUGACUACUCCUGAUGGCUAUAUUCUAACCCUUCAUAGAAUCCCUCAUGGCAGAAACAAUACAAACUCGAACAAACCCGUGCUGGUACUCCAAGGUAUAUUAUUAUCGUCGAGACAUUUCGUUUUUAUGGGGGUAGAGCAAAAUUUAGGUUAUAAACUAGCCGACGAGGGUUACGACGUAUGGUUGGCCGACGUCCGAGGUUGCUACAGCUCUCGCAACCACACCACCCUCAACCCAGACAAAGACCCCAAAUUCUGGUACUUCAGCUGGGACGAAAUGGGCACCAUAGAUGUCCCAGUACUAAUCGAUUACAUUCUAGAAACCACCCACCAACCUAAUCUCUACUACGUGGGUUAUUCCCAAGGUAGCGCUCUUUUCUUCAUCGCGAUGUCCACCCGUCCUGAGUACAACGCCAAAGUUAAAGUCCACGUGGGGUUGGCACCAGUUGCGUACUUAAACCACAAGAAAACCCAUCCUUUUCAAAUCGUAGCCCACUGGAACGUCGUCUUCGAUACACUUUUAGCAAUCUUCGGAAUCGACGAGUUCCCACCACCGAUUUUCACGUUCAUGAAAAGAGUGACAUGCAGAGUCAGUCCAGAUUUUUGCAACUAUGUUUUCAUGGUACUUUUUGGGUAUAAAGCGUCUGAAGUGAACUCAACGGUUCUUAAGAUUUUUCUAGAAGACUUCCCGAUUCCUGUGUCUAGAAAACACGCAGUCCACGUUUUGCAGUUGAUUGAAUCGGGGUACUUUCGGAGGUACGACUUUGGUGGGGAUAAUAUUGAGGUGUAUGGUACUUCCACGCCUCCUUCGUUUAAUUUGUCGGCUAUUACGGCUAAAAGUCACUUGCUUUAUAGCGACGAAGACGAUAUGGUAACUGAUGUUGAAAUUGACAAGUUGUGUGAAGAUCUAGGGGAUGCUUGUGCUGAGAAAUUUUUAAUCACUGAAGGUACUAUUAGGCAUCUGGAUUGGGUGAUCGGGACUGGGGUUCAGGAGUUGGGGUAUUCCAAACUACUAAGUGUGAUGGCUAAUUAUACGGUUUUAGGUUUUUACCUUUACCCAGUCUCUGCAAAUAUAGAAGACGUCCAUUUGACAAUUCCCCAAAUUUUGACCAAAUAUGGGUACCCUAGUGAGUACUGCUUCAAACAAACCCGUGCGGGUACUCCACGGAAUAUUUUUUUCUUCGAGACACUACGUUGUUGUCGAAGUGGAGCACGACUUAGGUUCUUAAACACAUUUUUGAAAGUCUUCAGAACUGACGAAAUCCCACCACCGAGUUUCGCUAUCCCGAAGACAGUGACAUGCAGAGUCAGUCCAUUUGUUUGCAACCAGUUGUUAAUAUCCAUGUUUGGGUAUAAACAGUCUGGAGUGAACUCCACCGUUUUCAAGAUUUUUCUGCAAACUGCUCCGGUUCCCAUUUCUAGGAAGCAAGGGAUUCACGUUUUGCAACUGAUGAAGUCGGGGUACUUUCGGAGGUACGACUUUGGUCGAAAUAAUGUUAAGGUGUAUGGUACUUCGACCCCUCCGACGUUCAAUUUGUCGUCUGUCACAGCAAAGAAUCACUUGUUUUAUAGUGAUAACGACAAUAUAGUGACUAACGUUGAAAUUGAUAGGUUAUGCGAGGAACUGGGUGGUGCUUGUACCGAGAAACUUUUAAUCUCGGGAGGUACUAUCACUCACAUGGACUGGGUGUUUGGGACUGGGGUGCGGGGGCUAGUAUAUUCGAAACUUGUAAACGUGUUAGCUAAUUAUUAA